AUGAGAGGCGCUCAAUCGCUUCUUGUGGUCGUCGCCGCCGUCUCGCUCUUUUCCAAGGCCGAAGGUGCCCCAUCGAAGCUCGCGGCCAAAGUUGAGCUCAUCCUGCCAGUUCCCACAGCGCCUCUUGAUGAAGGUCGCAUCGAGCAGGCCUUGAACCGUCUUAAAGAAGAACUCGGGAAACCCUCGACAUCCGCUGAGGAUUCUGGAUUCGACGGAGAGGAUCUGAGCAGUCAACAGAUCAAAACUCUGCUCGGGAACGGUGAAAAACCUUCAUCCGCUGCGGACGCAGAGAACCCUUCCAAGGAUACUCUUCUCGAGGAUGAGGAUCAGAAAGCGGAACCAUCCGAGAAACGCGAGGUCCCCCACACUAAAGAGAUUGUUGCAAUGAAGAGCCCUCCCAUGUCCUACCUGAAAGAGAGCGUCGGGGACGAAGAUCACGAGUUUUUUUUUGAGGAUCCCCGUCGGAGCGCGUUCCCCGAACCUUCGUUCAGGGACGUCUUCGACGAUCCAGACAAGGGUUCCAGAUCCGAAGAUGGUUAUCUCGUCGAGCCUGACGCUGUGGUUGCCGAACAUUCCGAGAGAUACAGAGACCCUGAACAAAUCGUUCCCGAGAAAGAAGUCAUGCACGUGGUCGAUGAUGAACUCCUCCGACCAAAAGAGAUCCACAAGUACAGCGACGGAUCGUCCUUCGACCUCCAUACCCCAGAACUGCUGGCGGAUCUCGAUUCCAGCUCCGAUAUUUCGAUCAACUCGAGUGAUCUGACCCCAACCCAGCUUGUCGACGAAGACACGUUGACAUCCCUAGCUGCUCUGGACCCCGAGACGGGGUUUCCUCCCCUACCGGACGCUCCACAACUCUUCGCGUCAGCUCACAAGCGGGAACACAGUGACCGAGGACCCUCCGGCCCUGACGACCGAAAACUUAAAACGACGACGACGAAGAAACCCAUCGUGGCUACUACAACGACCGUUAAACCUACACCGUACGCGCCAUCAGCGGUGCAGAAAAUACCUCAGUUCAUCAAGUCAAUCUACGAAGCUGCUACCCAGAAGCUACCGAGUUUCAUCCACGCUCAAGGAGUUGACGUUGGACUCCUCUCUCCCCCGAAACAGGGAGUUCUGGCUCCGACAGUAAAACCUCAGGGAGUUCUGGCUCCGGCACUAAAACCUCAGGGAGUUCUGGCUCCGGCACUAAAACCUCAGGGAGUCCUCCCUACGGCAUUGAAACCUCAGGGAGUCCUCCCAGCGGCAUGGAGACCUCAGGGAGUUCUGGCUCUGUCAGCAAAAUCCCAGGGAAUCCUGGCUAUGGUAGUGAAACCCCAGGGAGUUCCUCCUCCGGCAUUGGGGCCGCAGGGAGUUCUGGCUCCGACACUCAAACCUCAGGGAGUCCUCCCCACGGCAUUGAAACCUCAGGGAGUUCUGGCUCCGGCAGUGGAGCCUCAGGGAGCCCAAGCUUCGAAAGUGAAACACCAGGGAGUUCAGGCCCCGACAGUGGAGGACCCGCAAGUCUUACUCCAGGCCAGUCUCGAUUUCCCAGCACUACCGCGGCUCCCAACCUUCCCGUGGAACUUCAAGCUGACAGCGCACAAUCCGGACCGGAGCAGCCUGCAAAAGCCAAGCCUUCAGGGUCUGAAAAUACUUCGAAAAGGGAUCCUCAACCCGAUAGCCAAGGUGCGUAAUUACCGCUUCACUAACUCCGGUGUGCUGGGUUUAGAGCGUCAGCUUGCCGUAGAAGUUUGUCUCUUCCAAAGGGUUUGUCUCCAAAGCCCAAAUUCAACAGCAACUGCUGGACGCUUACCUCAAUCGUCACCCAGCGGCGGGGUCACCCCUGUUCGCGCUCCACCUCCCAUGAGUUCGACAACUUCCACUACCACCACCACUAGCACUCCGAAACCUGUCCUGCAGGUCCAGUUGACCACAUCGAAGCCCAUAGAUUCGCCCCUCGGUACGCUCAUCAAGGGCACCGCAUGCGAGGGUCAGACGAUGAGCAGAUUGGACAGAAUCAUCGAACACUUCCCGGCACGACUGCCCGAACUCCACGAAUUCAAGCGACGACGAUUUUUGCGAGCGGCCGUAAUCGGUGGUCUCCACACCCUCCGAUCGAAUCAACGCAACGUUACCUGCAACCUCACAACAAAAACGACCUACUGGGGAUACAAACUCCGGGGUCAGUUGGAUGGCAUUCUCAAUUUGGGAAUUACCGGUCUCCCGCGAAUGUACCUCCGCUACACAGGUCCUCUGACCGUGAAAAUCCAGAUGAGCGCCAUCGGCAACGAGUCUCGACCUUUGGUCGAUCAAGUCACAGUGGAAGAGUCACGGGUCGAUGAGAUCCAUUAUCAGAGCGUUCUGGGCUUCGAGCAGCCUUUCGUGGAACGAGCCACCAAGUAUCUGCUCCAACGGGCGAUGAAAGAAGAAGUCAUCGAUCCGAUUACUAACGCACUGAUGGACGAGAUCCAGAACCCCAAGGCGGACAAGAGCAAGGUAUUGCUUAUCGACGACAUGAAGAACCAGAGGAAGUUUUAA